AUGUCCUCGCCUGUCUCCUGUACUGGGCUCGAAGAGGCACUUGACGAACAUGUGUCAUCGUAUGAUCUUGAGGACGACGUUACCGGAGAGGCAGAGGCCCAUGGCCCACUUCCGUGGAGUGUCAUUAAGCUUGUCCCUCUUGAAGAGGCUGAAGAUGAAUCUGAACAAUCUGUCGCGAACGGUGGUGCCUCUCCUUUCAAUGGUGGUAUUACCACUGCGAGCUACGGCGCCACUGCCACGAAUGGCAGUGUCGCUGGUGGGAACGGUGAUAGGCCAGGGAAUAGUCCUGGUUGGAGUGCAGUGCUUGACGCUGCCUCUCGUGGUGUCUCGGAUGGCACAGACAAGGAAUAUCGUCGCCUCAUGCAUAUGUUUUCCCACUGGGUCCACCAGCUCAAACUGGUUAGCGACAACUACGACGUGUUCGGAAAUACUAUUUCUGAGAAGACGCCUGAAUGGAUCUCGAUGUGGAUUCUUUCAGCGUAA